AUGGUGGAGCUUCCCGAAGAUGAUGAUGGGUAUGGCCUCUUUCGCACAGUGACCCCACAUACUCCUACUGCACCAGCUGCGUCUACUGCCAGGAAAGCUACCCCUGGCCCUACUAAGGGGAAACCGAAAAAGCGGGCUGCCAGUAGCACAGGUUCGGCCGCCCACAAACAGGCACAUGGGUCAUCGAUGGCACUAGACCUCCCAGAUGAUGAUGAUGCUGGCUUUCAGAUUUCACAACCCUGCUCUGUUUCAAAACCCUCAACUUCGUCUGCAAGAGUUCCAAGGGUACCAGGUGGUCAGUCUGAUGAUUUAGUUUUGGACUGUGAAGAUGCAACACUGAAGAUUGCAGCUAGCAACAUAGACUCUGUGAUUCAUCACCCGCACCAAGAUUUGAUGAAGCUGAUGGAGUCGCCCGACCCUGAACCAUCGGCACGAUGUCAUGCAUGGGAAUUCUUUAGCAUUCCCAGGAUAACCCCAAAGAUUAGAGAGCUUGGGGGCCGAGCUCGACGUAGCUAUGACCUUCGACAUUUCUGGGAUUUGGGAGAGGCUGAAUUUAUUAGAGUGGCCAUCCAAGACUUGCUCUUACUUCGACCCCUGUUCAUCAUCCUAUCACCACCCUGCACUAUGCUGUCACAACUCCAGCAUUCAAACUGGAAAAGGAUGAAGGUAGUGCAGCGCUGGGUGCGCCUCCUCGAAGGGCUUCUUCUGAUUGACAGCGGGAUGUGGAUGGCAGCCAUUCAGAUUCUCCUCGGUCAUUUUUUCAUCUUUGAACACCCUGCUUACUCACUAGCUUGGGAACGCGAGUCAGUAAAGAAUGUUCGUGAUCAAGAAGGAGUAGUGCAGUGCUUCUUCGACCAAUGCCAAUUCGGCCUUGUUUCACCAGGUGGUAUCCCCAUGAAAAAAGCAACUUGUCUUCUCACCAAUAGCAGGGCUGUAGAAAAGGUGUUCAAGGACAAAUAUUGUGACCAGUCCCAUUCCCACCAGAGGAUUGAGGGAUCCGAGCAGGGUGUGCGACGCUCCCAAUUUGCACAGGCUUAUCCCUCACCCAUGGUGAAUGGCAUUUGCACAGCCAUCUUGGAAGAGGCCAAGAAUUUUGAAGCCUUUCAGCUCCGCAAUGUCGACCACACUCAAGCUGCAGCUUGUGGUCCAGUCGAUACUCCAUGUGAUGCUCCUGUGCCGUCAGAGGUGGACACAGCGACCACAUUGGCUUUGGGGUCGAUCUUUGACGCAACCUAUGAAGAUGUCACCAAGUUGAUAGAAAGUGCUGGUGGGCCACGACAGUUCCUACACCAGUCUUUCCCAAUCCGGGCGGAAAGGCACAGUCGAAUCGCUGCAGUUCUGAUGAAAGCCAUAGGUGCAGAGGAUGAACAAGCCCCUUUCUUCUUGCCCCUUUGGGCAUUCAGCGCUGAGACAGAAAGCUCCCUUCGUGAACCACCAACCCUGGAUGUCACCACAAAGUUGAUCAACAACUUUGAACGAGUCCCACAAGUUCUGAAGAAUUCUUUGCAGCGGAUCAAAUGCAAGCAUAUCCGAUUGAAAGAUCGGCAAUCUGAGCUGUUCUUCAACAUGAAGCGGAGUGCCAAGAACAGCAUCAGGAAUGAUGAUGCCCCCAAGCAUGACCGAAUUGUUGGCUUCAAGGCGAGUGCGGUCAAGGUGCUGCUUGAAUUGCCGGAACCUGCGCGCAACUGGCUUAAGAACUCAAAAGAUUCGGUCACCCUGUUGUUUGAGAUGGUUCAUGCACAAUUCUCCAACACUAAACCUGAACACCGGAGACGAGUGACCAAGCUUGAGUUGGAAGGCAAGGCAGAGGUGACUGCAUGCGCAUGUUCUGUUGUGGAAGAGCUCACCGCACAGAUCCCCAAUGUGGAAGAAGCACUUCGCACAAAGUUGUUCUUGAAUCGCCUUCGCAAUGGAGAUCUGACUCUGCAAAUGGAGCUGUCAUCAGCCUGCGCUGAACGGAAUGACAAUUGGAAUUGUAUCCUGGAAAUCUUGAAUGAGCUGACCCCUGGGAAAGUCGUUGGCGAUGGGAAGGCAGAGGCUGCCCUUCACAAAUCAGCAACCGAUCUUGACACUGCUGGCUACCAGCUUCUCUUGGAGGAGCUGCAAUUCGAUGAAAGAUGCCUAGAGGUGUAUAAGGGAAAGUUGUCCAACUUUGAAGUUCGGGUUGCCCAGCUGCGGGAUUCAUGGCGACAAAAACGAAACCAACAUGCGAAAGAUGCGAUCCUGAAGUGGAUGGACUUCAAUGUGGAAUCCUUCGCCUGGCCUUCGAAGUUUGAUGCUGGGUCUGCUUUGACAAUGAUGAAACGUGUGGAAGAAGCAUUGCUCUUCGUCUGCAACUAUGCAGCCCCCUCCUUGGUCAAGGCUGAUGUCACUACAGGGACAUUCAGCAUGAUUGGGCACAUGCUGGGUUCACAGGCCUUUGGACCCAUGGCUUGUGGUGUGAUGCUUUGCCCGACAUUUUCCUACCAGAAACACCGGCUCUUCAUUGAGGAUUGGCUUUGGAGGGACUCGUCCCUUGUCAAGUUGCGCAGGAAUACCAAUGAGGCAAAGCAGUUGUCAUCGAAACACAUGGUAGUUCAGGAGGACAUGAGCCCCACUUCAUUGCCCAGUGCUACUGAUGGUGUCCCCUUCGGAAAUCAAAUUGCGCUGAUGGUGGUCGAUUGCACCCCCUUGGUUGGAAACUUCUUUGAGGGCUUCAUUGACAUGGCUUCUGAUGUCAACAUUCCAUCGAAGUAUGUCCCCAUCUUUGGUGAUGAUUCUGCGGAAGAAUGGUUCUUCAGCUAUUUUCAGAAGGAGUUGACUAGACGCUUUCAAACCAAUGACUUCAAGAUCCGCAAUGCUGAGAGGAUGGCAGAAGACCCUCCACAAGCCCACAUGGAGUCCAAACCGGAACCGCCGACCCUCAAGCGCUGUGUCUGGGGCAAGGUGAAUGGUGAAAUUUGCACCAUCGAGAUUCCCGAGGCAGAGGUGAAGAAGUGGUGGGGAAGGGAAGAGUGGAGAGUUUUUGUCCAAGACUUCCAAGAUCGACAUCCAAGUGUCAAGAAAUUGGAAAAGGAAACCCCCAAGGCAUCAUCAGUGGGAAAGACCGGUGGAUUCACAACUCCGACCCCCAAAAAGCGCUGCCUGGAAGUUGACUACUCUGGGAGUGUUGUCGCUGAAGCUGAUGCUCCUGGUAAUGUGACUCUUCAAUUUGGAUCUGUCCUUUGUGGGUGGGGCAAGGGAAAAUUCCGUGAGAAGGGCCAGAAACCACGCGAUGAGAAUGAAAUCGAAUUUGUUGCUACAGCUGAUAUGGUGGUUCUCUUCGACAACAAGUGUUGCAACUUGUCCGAGAUCUUGGAUUCCGACAAAUCAUCCCAAACAGAAGGUGCAAGAGUUGCAUAUCACAAGGUUUCCCAAGAUCCAUCUGGGACAUGGACCUUCAACCAGGAGCACAGUGUCAUCUUCACCCCGCAACCAGAAGAUGAUAGCGAUGCGAAGAUCAACCAGGCGGAAGUGAACAUGGGAGUGGAUGCAAAGGUGGUGGAGGAGAAGCUGGAGGAGAGGGAGGAGGAGGAGAAGGAGGAGGUGGCGGAUGAGGAGGAGGCCUUGUUUGCCAAAAUUGCAACCCCACAAGGUAGGAUAUUGAACAAUCUUCCCACGGCUCCAAGACGCUGUGCUGCCGGGCCACUGCUGCAAGGAGCUGGGCUGUGUUGGCGCGGACCACCAGCAGCCAGCGCUUGUGGUGGAUUGGGGGUGGUAGGAUUGCUGCCUGGAAACUGGGCCACCAUGAUGUUUGCCAACCAUUUGUGGCAGGUGCAGCGCGUGCUCCACGGCUCCGGCUCUGUCAGCCGCAUCGCCUUUCCAGCGCUGUUGGUGGCGGUGGCCGCAGUGCUGGUGCUAUACAAGCACUGGCAGGACCAGACGGGUGGUGACCCAACGAAGACGUUUCUUGCGUUGAUUGUGGUGCAGAUGUUGCCGUUGGUGUUUCUGGAGGAGCAGAUUCUUUCAUGUCCCGACCCCAUCAGCAUGCUCUCACGCUUUGGGAGCAAGGUGCUUCUGAUGCACGCAUGCUUUCUUGCCUUGCGCGUUUGUUCCUGGCCGUUGCUGGAGGUGGGUAUUGGAAAGUGCAACCUGAUUGGGCUCAUUGGUGUUUGUGCAGCCCUGUAUCUAGGAUUUGACUUCCGCUUCUCCUCGCUACGCUGCCAGAUGGACCUGCUGGCUUUGGUCCUGCUGGCUGUGGGCAGUGCAUUUCUUACGGAGGUGGUGGAUUUCUAUAACCACCAGAGCUUGUUGGAGAGCACCAUUUUUACCUCGGCAAACUACAUCGAAAUCCUGGCUUUUGUGCCUGCGGUUUGGAUGGUGCACAGCACUGUGAAGAAGGGCGAGGAUUGGAGUAGCAUCACAGCAGCCAAAGAAUCUCAGGCUUCGGCCUUCUUCGCAUUCCUGGUGGCCUUCUAUGUCAUGGAGGACCUGUUCUCGGCCUAUCGCUUGGGUUUCAAUGAACCCUUCGGUGCCGUAGGUCAUAUCGUCCACUUUCUGCUGCUGCUGGAUUUCGCCUGCUUCCUCUUGGCUCAUAUCUACAACCCGGACAAGCUCUCAGGCAGUCUGCUGAGGUGGUGGGGUCCCACCCAACAUUGGGUGUGACUAUGCUGUUGAUACGUUUCACUCCCCGCUAUGGGGGUGGUUGUCGAAUGGGAUUAUGAAGGCUACGCCGCAGCUUAGCAGAUUCUGAUCUCUUCC